AUGGUCAAUAAUAAGAAAGAACAGCAGGAGAGUCUUGCGCAGCUCGUGCGCGACUUGGAAACGAAGAAAACUUUGUGCAACGUCAAGGACUAUCCUGGAGUGGAACUGAAGAAGUUGAAUAAUUACGUGAAGAAACUCGGUCCGCUCCUGAACCCCGUUUUCGGUGAGCAACCAGCAUUUUUCAUCGACGAAGGCCGCUUUAUUCCGUAUCGAAUGGUCACGUACGGCAUGGAGAUAGUGGUCGCCAAGAUCAUAAGAAUCUUGGAUGAAUGGACGACGUGGUCAGGAAUAGGAGGCAGAGUUACAUCUUCGCAAGGAGCCUUCAUUUUUGGCACUGACGUUCGAAUGCCGAACGUCGCGUACACGCCUCCUGGCACCCAUAGAGAUUUAUCGAAUGGGUCAACGUGGACGUAUCAUGGUGAUCCAUUCGUUCCUACGGUCGUUAUUGAGAUUGAUAAGCUUUCUGGACAAGGCUCCCAGCGCAGCGCUCUCGAUCGCAAGAUGAGAAAUGAGUAUUUCCAGCAUGGCGUCCGUUUGGGUUGGCUGAUCGACCCACGCCCAGACUGUCAGCGUAUGUACGAGUAUUACCUCGACAAUAAUGGAUGCGUGCAAUCCUCUGACAACACUGCGUGGCGAGAUCUUAGCGGCGGCAAUGUUCUUCCUGGCUUCACGCUCAUGAGCACGGUUUUGGAGAUGGUUUUGAAUCAGAAUUCAGGAUCGUCGUCAGAAGAAGAAGUUGAUUUGGAGUGUCCAUAUCCAACAUGCAUAGAACGCUUCAGAUAUCCUGGUGCUAUCGCCGCCCACGUUGAAUGGCAUCGUGUCGAACGUGUUUGUCAAAAGUAUCGAGCGAAUCGAAGGUAA